CAAGGUAUCAUCUGUGAUUUGACGUUUCUGUCAAAAAAUUUUAUUCUUAUAUACUCGUCAACACAGAUGCGAGAACAAUAUUUCGUAAAAAGUUCUAUUUAAAAAUGUUUAUAAAAAGAUAACAUUAGGCAAAAUGAAUAAAAAUAUGAAUUCGCCAUCUAAACUUACGGAGUUCGCUCCGUUAAGUCCCGAAGAAAGCCAACCUGGUGUGGCUUCUUUAUUUUCGAAAUUUUUUAAUUUCACUAAAGGUUCACAGAAUGUUGAUGAUUCCACAAUCUCUUCUACUAAUGAAGAACAAAGCUCAUCUGAUUCUGAAUCUUGGAAACAAUCAGAAAGUACAGAAAAAUCACCUGAAGAUGACAAUUCAAGUAUGAUGAACUUUCCAUUAGAUUCUUGUGAAGGCAGAAGCUUACCAAAUGUAUUAAAACGUAUUAGUAAUAUUGUAGCCUUAAAAAGUAAUAAUUUACGUUCAUACAAAGAUUCUCAAUUGAGAAGUUAUUGGAUGCCAGAUAGUGUAAGCAAACAAUGUUAUGAAUGUGGUGAACGAUUUACAACAUUUCGCAGGAGACACCAUUGUCGUGUUUGUGGUCAAAUAUUUUGCUCAAAAUGUUGCUCUGAUCAGAUACCUGGAAAAAUUAUGGGAUGCACUGGUGAUCUCAGAGUUUGUACAUAUUGCUGUAAAGUAGUUUUAUCUUAUUUGCAAUCAUCGGAUAUGAGAAGUGAUCUAUCAGCAGAUUUAAAAGCAUUACAAGAAGAUCUUCAAGUUAAAUAUGGAAAUAAUUUACCACCUAUUUCUCAAAAAAGUACAAAUGAAUCAAUACAGGAUGAAACUUCAAUUUGUAGAAAACCAAGUGUAGGAUAUAUGGAAGAAAAAUAUGCCAUUGGACGACCAACAACUAGUUAUUUAACAUCUCACGAACGUUCUAUUGUUUUACAAAACUCAGCAUCUUUGAGGAUGAUUUAUGAAGAGCUAUUUAGGUCUAGUCAAGCAAUUCUUUUACAAACGCACAGGAUUAGAUUGAAAAGUUAUCACAAUUGUUUUUUAGCUAAUGAAUUAGUAAAUUGGAUGAUUGCACAAAAUAAGGCAGCUACUCGCAUACAAGCUACUGCUAUAGGACAAGCAUUACUGGAAGCAGGUUUUAUAGAACCAGUACUUGCUGAUAAUGAAUUUAGUGAUACAGCAACUGUAUUUAAACCAGUAAAAUUAUCUAAUAUGCAAAGUACUGAUUUAUUAACUGAAACUCAAAAUACUUGUGAUGCUCAGGAACCUGCAUGGGUAAAAACGAUUCCACAACAUGAUUCAACUACUGAUUCAGAAAGUGAAACUAAACCUUCAAAUUCAAUGCAACAAACAGCUGGUCGUUUACCAUCUUCUAGUUCAAGCUUUUAUUUAGAUUUAAAUUUAGAAGCAUCUACUGUUACAUUAAAAAGGCCUACAUCAGAAGAUUUAACUACAAUUUCCGUAGAUAGUAGUGAUGGUAUAAUUGAACAAAAAGAAGUCACAGUAAAAUCACAUAAAUGUAAUUUUAAAAUUGCUGAUGAUCUUUUAAAUGAUAAUGAUACACUACAGGUACAAGAAUUUAAAGAAAAAAAUGGUUGGCAUAAACCAACGAAUCUUCGAACUGCGUUUGGAGAACUUCAUGCAUAUGAAAGUUUAAUAUCUGCAUUCAAGCAACACGAAGAUUCGUUAAUUAAACAACUUCUUAAUAAAGAAGGUUUAUCGCAAAAUUGGUCAGAAGUAAUACUUCCUAUUGCUCAUCAAAUUAUUGACUAUGUUAGACCAGAUUUAAAUCAUAAUGUCGAUGAUUUAGAUAUUCGGCAAUACGUGCAAAUAAAAAAAUGUUCAGGUGGAAAUAGAGAUGAUUGUGAGAUUGUAUCUGGUGUAGUUUGUACAAAAAAUGUUGCACAUAGAGGAAUGAAUGCAAUGAUAGCUCAUCCAAAAAUUUUAUUGCUUCAAUGUGGAUUAAUGUAUCAACGCGUAGAGGGAAAAUUAUUAAGUUUAGAACCUGUGAUGUUACAAGAAAAUGAAUAUUUAGGGCAUACAGUUGCUAGAAUCACCGCUCUUGGUCCAGAUGUUGUACUGGUACAUCGUUCUGUAUCAAGAUUGGCACAAGAUAGACUUAGAGAAUGUGGAGUAACACUUGUUUUAAAUGUUAAACUUAGCGUGCUUGAAAGAAUUGCACGGUGCACAGGUGCUAAUAUCGUAAAUACUAUUGAUGCACAUAUAAGCGCUAGAUACAUGCUAGGUACAUGUAAAAAAUUUUAUUUGCGAAAUUUUUCAAACGAAAAAAAUGGUAUCAAAACAUUGAUGUAUUUUGAGGGAUGUGCAAAUCCACAUCUUGGAGCUACGAUCUUAUUACGAGGCGGUUCUCAAGCAGAAUUAAAAAAAGUAAAAAAUGUCACUUCAAUGAUGAUAUUUGCUACUUAUUCUUGGCGACUUGAAAAAUCAUUUCUUAUGGAUGAAUUUGCAAAACCGCCAUCUUCUAAAGAUAAUCCAUUUUUGGAUGAAACAUCGUUCAAAGAUUUCAAAGACUUUCAACAAACCAAUAAUAUAUUACAUACUAAAUCUAACGAUGGAAAUGAUUUAUUAUUAAUUCAUAAUAAAGACUAUUCAGAUAGUACAGAAAUUUUAAAAAUAUCAGAAGUUCAAGAAGAUUCUAAAAAUCUAUUAAAUUAUUCCGAAUGUAUAGAAAUAGAACUUUCAGAAAAUGGAAGUUCAUCAAUAAAAGACAUAGCUUUAUAUCAUAAUGAAAAUAUGUUAACUUCAGAUUCUGUUAAACAAAUAUCGUCAAUAUUAUCCGAAGAUGCCGAUCCUUAUGAUACUUUAAAAUUAUUUAAAUCUAAAACAAAAUCUUCUGUAGUUGAUGAAAAAGGUGCAGGAGAUUAUAUAAUAAAUAAAUCAAAUAAUGAUAAUUUAAAUAAUAGUUCUGAUCUUGACAUAGAGGACAAAGAAGAUCCAAAUAGUACUAUGGAAUUAUUUGGUAGUAAGAUUAAUAGAAAAGUCAAUCAAAAUAUCAAAGAAGAAGUUGAAAAAUCAAAAAUAAAAGAUAAAAUCAUUUCAGAAGAAAAACGUAUAUAUGGCGAAUCUAUUAGUGAUCAUAGUGAUCCUUUACAUCAAUAUUUAAAUGAAAAUGAAGAAGAUGUUUUUAGUCAAACUAGUCCAAAUGGUCAACAUUUAAGCGUUGCUGAUUUACCAUUAUUAAAUAAAUUUAAGAAAGCAUUAGAAGGUACUAUAUUAAGUAUUUCACCUUAUUUAAAAUUUUCUAUACCUUAUUUAGAAACUGAAACAGGAAGGAAUUGCAUAUUACGAAGCUUUUUUCCAAGAGAAAUCUUUUAUUCCAUACAGUUCGUAGAUAAAAUAAAAGAGAUUAAAACGAAUAAUGUAUCUGUAGAACAAUCUGUAACUGAAAAUCCACUAAUGAAAUUAAAAUUAAAACCGCAACAUCCAUUUGUUCAAGCAAAAUUAACUACAGACGUAGAUAGUCGAGAAGUACAAGCUUUAUUAGCCAAUUUUAGAGCAUGCGGUAGUCGAUUAUAUCCAACCAAUAAUGUUUUAUCAGAUAAACAAAUUUUAAUGCAAUCAGAGGUAAAUGAACAAUCUCCAAUGUGGCCUGAUUGCUUAGAUCCUACUAGUCACCAACGUUUAUCUGUGUUAUUUUGUAGUUUUUCGCAUACUGGUAAUAAUGAUACACCAGCAUUUUGUGUAAAUCCUUGGGUAGUUAAUAUGGACUUAUACGGAAGAAAUGAUAUCGCACUUGGACGUUUCUUAGAACGUUAUUGUUUAACAUCUGAAUAUAAAUGUCCUGCUCAAGCAUGUCGAGCACAGAUUGCUCAUCAUGUUCGGCGAUUCGCACAUGACGGUGGAUGCAUACAUAUUAGUUUAAGCGAAAUGAACUCUGAACCGUUUUCUCAAGAAAAUACGAAUCAAAUUUUAAUGUGGAGCAAAUGUAUGAAAUGUAAAAGUGUUUCACCUGUGGUACCAAUGUCUGAUGAUACUUGGUCUUUGUCUUUUGCAAAGUACUUGGAAUUACGUUUUCAUGGAAAUGCAUAUACUAGACGUGGUACAGAUACUUGUCAACACUCGCUUCAUCAUGAUCAUUAUCAGUAUUUCACAAAAAAAAAUAUGCUGGCUGUAUUUAAGUAUACGAAAAUAUCGCAAUGGGAAAUUUCACUACCACCUCCUUUAAUAAAUAUCAUGUAUGAUCCAAAGCAACAUGCAGAUGUGAUAGAAGAAAUGAAAAGUUUAGCAUUAAAAGGAGAUGAAGUGUUCUCCUGUAUACGAGAAAAAUUAACAACUUUACAAACAGAUAUGGAUAUUUUAAAUGCUGCUAAACAGCAAUUAACAAAAGAUCAACAAUAUUUCAAAAACAAGAUAGAAGAAAUACAAUUAAAAUUGACGUCUCCCACUUUAGAAAAUAAAAAACUUGAAGGAAAAGUAUCUGAAAAACAAGUUCAAGCUCUGAUGUUUAGAAUUGAAGAUGGAAUAGUAAUUCUUAAACGAUUAAUAUCAGAAGUUGUAUACACUUGGAAUGCAAAAAUUUUAGAAAUGUCUGUUAAAAAGAAAGAUGAAAGACCAAGGCGAUUUACCGAACGAUCAUUAACGACUGGAAGUAAUAGCAUUAUCGAUACAGAUGGAUAUAUAACAGAAGAUACUGCAUCAGAAUCACAAUUAGAAGAUUUAAGUCCUAUGUCAGCAGAUUAUAAUGCUAUAGAUGCCAUUGCUGCUGUACAAAAUGAUUUACAAGGGACAGAAGGCAUAGAAAAUUCAGACAAUGAAAUUUUAGAAAGUAAUCCCGAAGAUAUUGUUGUUGUCCAAGGUUCUCCAAAAAUGCAUCAGAGAUCACAUUCUGAUGUUUUACCUAUCACUUUUGAUGAUAUGCCAGAUAAGAAGAAAAAGAAAAAAACUAUUUUGUCACAAUUAUUGCCUUCUGUUCCUGUUACCCAACCAAUACCAAAUCCUUUAGGAAUUUUGGAACAUCAUUUACUUCCUCUUGGAUCAGUUGUACCUAUAGUAGUAUAUGAAACAGAGCCAUCAUCUAUAAUUGCAUAUGCAUUAGAUUCGCAUGAUUAUAAACAUGCACUUCAUGAAUUAACGCGUACCAUAAAAGGUCCGGAUUUAAAUCCCAGUCCUUUAAACAAACGUAAAUUUCCUGAAAAUAAAGAAAAUUUUCCUGAUGUCACACAAUCUGGAGAAUUUAAGCGACCGUCCGUUUUAUCAUUUUUCCGAGGAAAUAGUCCAAAUCCUACGAGUCCUUUAGAUUCCGAUAAAAGCAUUUCAAAUAUAGAUUCUUGUAUACAAAAUCCAUCAAUGACUACAGAAAUAGAUGAAGAUAAGAAAAUAACAAAGCAGCAGAAUUACAUUGAAGUUCAAUUUAAUGAUGUAACGACAAAUUUCUAUUGCAGAAUAUAUUUUGCUGCGCAAUUUGCUGCUUUUAGAGAAAAUGUUUUACCAUGUGGAGAAGAUGGUUUUACAAGAAGUUUAAGUCGGAGUGUACAAUGGGCUGCAAGAGGUGGUAAAAGUGGAAGUACUUUCUGUAAAACUCGAGAUGACAGGUUUAUUAUAAAAGAGAUGUCUAGAUUAGAAAUGCAAAUAUUUCUUGAAUUUGCACCGAAUUAUUUCUCUUAUAUGGAAAAAUGUCAACAAACUAAGCAACCAACAUUGUUGGGAAAGAUAGUCGGUGUUUAUCGAGUAUCUUUCAAAAAUAAUACAACAAAUGCAGCACUUCGAACUAGCGUAUUAGUAAUGGAAAAUUUAUUUUACAAGAGAGCAAUAACGGAUAAAUUUGAUUUAAAGGGAUCGGUAAGAAAUCGACUUGUAAAUCCCGAUGAUAUGUGUCACGAAGGAGAACUUGUAUUACUUGAUGAAAAUUUGUUAAAUAUGAGUUGCGAUUCACCGCUCUAUAUUAGAUCACAUUCCAAAGCAGUUUUAAAUAAAGCCAUUGAACAAGAUACUAAAUUCCUGGCUGAUAAUUCUGUAAUGGAUUAUUCAUUAUUAGUUGGUUUAGAACCAAACUCGGAUGAACUCGUUUUAGGUAUAAUAGAUUAUAUAAGGACGUUUACUUGGGAUAAAAAAUUAGAAACAAUGGUGAAGAAAUCAGGUAUAUUAGGUGGCCAGGGAAAAUUGCCAACAAUAAUAUCACCUGAAGAAUAUCGAGCUCGUUUUAUAGCUGCUAUGCACCGAUAUUUCUUACCAGUACCAGACAGAUGGUCUGGUUUAGGAAGAGGCGUAGAAACAUAAAAAAAUAUAACUUCUAAAUAGUGAGAUUUUCAAUUUUUUUACAAAUACUAUGUACUAAAUAUAUUGUAUAUAUAUAUAUAUAUAUAUCACUCAUUUCUAUAACUACUGAUAUAAAUAAUGUAACAAGCAGUGUUGCAUAUAGAGAUACGAAAUUGUACAUUAAUAUUUUAUGAAAUUAUUACUAAUUGACAUUAUGAUAUUUUGUAAUGUGAUAAAAAUGUCAUUUUUAUUAUAACGGAAAGUCUCAUUGCAUAGAUUUAAAGUCGUAAUUUAUGUAGCAAUGCAAACAUUCAAAUCACAUCGCUUGUAUUUACAUUCAUUAUUGAUCAUUUUAUUACAUGUAUAUAUGUUAAUACCGAAAUUUACAAGCGAAUUGUUUCUUUUCAAGUCUGAAGUACAAAGGUAUGCACGCGCAUGAAUAAGAAUUACAUAAAAAUUACAUAAAAAGUCUAUGAAAGCACCAUUAUUAAUGUUUUAUUUAAAUCAUUUUUUUCAAAAUUAUGUACAUAAACAUUAUUUAUUAUUAUUGAUAGUC